AUGAAUACAAUCACUACUACUACUACUACUACUACUACUACUACUACUACUACUACUACUACUACUACUACUACUACUACUACUACUACUACUACUACUACUACUACUACUACUACUACUACUACUACUACUACUACUACUACUACUACUACUACUACUACUACUACUACUACUACUACUACUACUACUACUACUACUACUACUACUACUACUACUACUACUACUACUACUACUACUACUACUACUACUACUACUACUACUACUACUACUACUACUACUACUACUACUACUACUACUACUACUACUACUACUACUACUACUACUACUACUACUACUACUACUACUACUACUACUACUACUACUACUACUACUACUACUACUACUACUACUACUACUACUACUACUACUACUACUACUACUACUACUACUACUACUACUACUACUACUACUACUACUACUACUACUACUACUACUACUACUACUACUACUACUACUACUACUACUACUACUACUACUACUACUACUACUACUACUACUACUACUACUACUACUACUACUACUACUACUACUACUACUACUACUACUACUACUACUACUACUACUACUACUACUACUACUACUACUACUACUACUACUACUACUACUACUACUACUACUACUACUACUACUACUACUACUACUACUACUACUACUACUACUACUACUACUACUACUACUACUACUACUACUACUACUACUACUACUACUACUACUACUACUACUACUACUACUACUACUACUACUACUACUACUACUACUACUACUACUACUACUACUACUACUACUACUACUACUACUACUACUACUACUACUACUACUACUACUACUACUACUACUACUACUACUACUACUACUACUACUACUACUACUACUACUACUACUACUACUACUACUACUACUACUACUACUACUACUACUACUACUACUACUACUACUACUACUACUACUACUACUACUACUACUACUACUACUACUACUACUACUACUACUACUACUACUACUACUACUACUACUACUACUACUACUACUACUACUACUACUACUACUACUACUACUACUACUACUACUACUACUACUACUACUACUACUACUACUACUACUACUACUACUACUACUACUACUACUACUACUACUACUACUACUACUACUACUACUACUACUACUACUACUACUACUACUACUACUACUACUACUACUACUACUACUACUACUACUACUACUACUACUACUACUACUACUACUACUACUACUACUACUACUACUACUACUACUACUACUACUACUACUACUACUACUACUACUACUACUACUACUACUACUACUACUACUACUACUACUACUACUACUACUACUACUACUACUACUACUACUACUACUACUACUACUACUACUACUACUACUACUACUACUACUACUACUACUACUACUACUACUACUACUACUACUACUACUACUACUACUACUACUACUACUACUACUACUACUACUACUACUACUACUACUACUACUACUACUACUACUACUACUACUACUACUACUACUACUACUACUACUACUACUACUACUACUACUACUACUACUACUACUACUACUACUACUACUACUACUACUACUACUACUACUACUACUACUACUACUACUACUACUACUACUACUACUACUACUACUACUACUACUACUACUACUACUACUACUACUACUACUACUACUACUACUACUACUACUACUACUACUACUACUACUACUACUACUACUACUACUACUACUACUACUACUACUACUACUACUACUACUACUACUACUACUACUACUACUACUACUACUACUACUACUACUACUACUACUACUACUACUACUACUACUACUACUACUACUACUACUACUACUACUACUACUACUACUACUACUACUACUACUACUACUACUACUACUACUACUACUACUACUACUACUACUACUACUACUACUACUACUACUACUACUACUACUACUACUACUACUACUACUACUACUACUACUACUACUACUACUACUACUACUACUACUACUACUACUACUACUACUACUACUACUACUACUACUACUACUACUACUACUACUACUACUACUACUACUACUACUACUACUACUACUACUACUACUACUACUACUACUACUACUACUACUACUACUACUACUACUACUACUACUACUACUACUACUACUACUACUACUACUACUACUACUACUACUACUACUACUACUACUACUACUACUACUACUACUACUACUACUACUACUACUACUACUACUACUACUACUACUACUACUACUACUACUACUACUACUACUACUACUACUACUACUACUACUACUACUACUACUACUACUACUACUACUACUACUACUACUACUACUACUACUACUACUACUACUACUACUACUACUACUACUACUACUACUACUACUACUACUACUACUACUACUACUACUACUACUACUACUACUACUACUACUACUACUACUACUACUACUACUACUACUACUACUACUACUACUACUACUACUACUACUACUACUACUACUACUACUACUACUACUACUACUACUACUACUACUACUACUACUACUACUACUACUACUACUACUACUACUACUACUACUACUACUACUACUACUACUACUACUACUACUACUACUACUACUACUACUACUACUACUACUACUACUACUACUACUACUACUACUACUACUACUACUACUACUACUACUACUACUACUACUACUACUACUACUACUACUACUACUACUACUACUACUACUACUACUACUACUACUACUACUACUACUACUACUACUACUACUACUACUACUACUACUACUACUACUACUACUACUACUACUACUACUACUACUACUACUACUACUACUACUACUACUACUACUACUACUACUACUACUACUACUACUACUACUACUACUACUACUACUACUACUACUACUACUACUACUACUACUACUACUACUACUACUACUACUACUACUACUACUACUACUACUACUACUACUACUACUACUACUACUACUACUACUACUACUACUACUACUACUACUACUACUACUACUACUACUACUACUACUACUACUACUACUACUACUACUACUACUACUACUACUACUACUACUACUACUACUACUACUACUACUACUACUACUACUACUACUACUACUACUACUACUACUACUACUACUACUACUACUACUACUACUACUACUACUACUACUACUACUACUACUACUACUACUACUACUACUACUACUACUACUACUACUACUACUACUACUACUACUACUACUACUACUACUACUACUACUACUACUACUACUACUACUACUACUACUACUACUACUACUACUACUACUACUACUACUACUACUACUACUACUACUACUACUACUACUACUACUACUACUACUACUACUACUACUACUACUACUACUACUACUACUACUACUACUACUACUACUACUACUACUACUACUACUACUACUACUACUACUACUACUACUACUACUACUACUACUACUACUACUACUACUACUACUACUACUACUACUACUACUACUACUACUACUACUACUACUACUACUACUACUACUACUACUACUACUGCUAUUACUACUGCUGCUAAUAUCAGUACUAUUACCAUUACUAAUCUUGCGGAGGCCUAUUUGAAUAUCUAG